AUGGCAGCGCAUCUCGAUAGCCUCAUACAAAGCAUUCAAGAUCGGCUGAACUCGGUGCAAAAUUCAAAUAGUCGGGACAGAAGGUUAACAAAAGCCGUUAAGGUGAUAAUCGAUACCCGCGAAGCUGACGCUUAUCUCGGAGUUUUCGAUGCCAGGGUGAAAGGAGUCCCCCUCGAGGGGGCAAAAUGCAUCCAUGAUUUGCGAUCUGUCGAGGAAGAUCGCGAGGCCCUCGCGGUUCAACCUCGAAAUCUCAACCGACAAAUCGACUAUGCUCUAUUUAUCGAUCAAUUGACCCUACCUGAAUACCAAUUACUCCGAAGGCGCGAUCAAGUGGCGCGAAUGCGCGAUCAAGUGGCCCGAAUGCGCGAGACUGCCACCGGUAUCGCAGGCCAGACAUUGCAGGAUAUGAUGACCCUUGCCCAGUGCAGGCUGUCGGUUUUCGUGGACAACCACGUCACCAAUUUUGACCCCCCUCGAAACCCAAAUCUAAAGUCUGUCCAGAAGAUGGCCAUGGCGACAAACGACGCUUUAUUUGCGAUGGUGGGCAUUCUUACCAAGGCAAAGGAUGCAGAUGAAGCACAACGAAAGCUUAACAUAGCUCAAAACACAAUGAAGGGAUAUUGCGACGAGCUCAAAAGGUCCCAGAGUUUGGCAACUGCCGAAGCCGCACAUCUCCAGGAGACCAUCGAGAUGCUACAGAACCAUAUACGAAUAGCGCGCAUAGGCUGCGACAACAGCGGACUUCUCGUUAACGUCACAGGCUAUGAGGCAGUUCUUCGUGACCUGCGCGACCGUACUUUAGGGGCAAAGGUCACGACAGAUAAAGGCAGCCAACUUGCUCAGAAGGCCAAGAAUGCGGCAUUUGCUGCCAACCAUCUGGCGCAAGAUGCGCGUAUCGCAGUACCGUUGAGCGCCGUAAGCCGGAAAGCUGCUCUCGCGGCAGAAAAGGCGGCGUAUGCAGCACAAGCACUGGAGGCUGGCGACGUAAAUGGCUUUGAUACGGCUCAUCGUGACGUGACGAGGCUGGGCUUGGAGUUAAGAGAGCAUGCUACCGCUGUAGUUGGGGAAGCUGCCAUGCAAGCCUUCGAAAUUUUGACAAAGACAGAGCUUCUCAGCCAGGGGCAGAGUUCUAAACAGACAUUUGUGGUCAUCGUUUCCGAAAUUGACAACUGGAUCGAUUACCUUGAGAAAUCGUUGUCCGAUGAGCAGGAUAUCCACGAGAUUCAUCAAGUUGCCACCGACUUUAUGCGUACAUACCAAGAGGGUCUUGACGGUUACUACAAUGAUAUUGCGCAGCCGGACCCAACCCACCCAAAAGAAUUCGACGCUAUGAAGACAAUCGGUACGAUGCUUGCCAUCCUCACACGUGAACUGAGAUUAGUCCGUCAAACAAAUGACCAGACUCUUGCCCAAGCUUGUACGGCCAUGUGCGAAAAAUUCAAGGUCACUAUCCCACCAAAAAAAGAGCAGAUGGUGCUUGAUGUGAAACGCUUACGGUCGUUGGAGGAUAUGCGACCCGAUAAUGUGAGUUUGGGCUUGGCCCUCCGGUCUGGAGGGUUUUGGCCGAGCGGCAGCGUAGGCGCGCUCGCCAAUGAAACCGUUGACGCCUUUGACGCACUGCAGCAAAUUCUUGAUAAUUGCUCGUGUGUUAUAAAAGUUCGUGAUGGUGGUUGUGAUGUGGACGUCCCGGCUGGGAUCCACAAAGGAAUCCCCUCGGUCACUAUUGAUGAUACAGGGGUCGAAUUACUUGACAGCGUUCUACGCCAAAUUGGCUAUGGGCUCUCGACCUCCUCAACAGUCGUCGACUCGCUGAUUGAGUCUUUCGAAACUCUGCAGUCUGAAGUUGGAAAAUCAAAACGAGACAGGAAACAAGCAAAACGAGACAGGAAACAAGCAAAACGAGACAGGAAACAAGCAAAACGAGACAGGAAACAAGCAAAACGAGACNAACAAGCAAAACGAGACAGGAAACAAGCAAAACGAGACAGAAAACUAGCAAAACGAGACGGGAAACAAGCAAAACGAGACAGGAAACAAGCAAAAAGAGCCAGUAAACCGAUUGACAAAAAUUUGGUUAAAUUUGUCGAUGAUGUUGAAGGAGUGCUUGAACUCACAAUAAAGUCGUUCCGCGCCCUAGCACAAGCCGCUCGACUUGUUUUGGAAGGGUUUCAACCAGCCAGCACACAACAACUCCGUGCUGCGACUCAAAAUGCUGGAGGGGCGGAAGAACAUCUGAAUAACGUCAUUAAUGCAAAGUCCCUUGAUGCCCAUUUCAUUAACGACUGCGUUAUUGCCGCCAACAAGUCCCGCCUAACAGUAACACGACUGGAACUAUCCACAGUUUUAAACAUUCUGCGGUCGCAUGACGAGUUCAGAGAAAAACUCAUCCGCAUGCAGGACGAUUUCAAGCAAAACAGCUCCCUUUUAUUGGCCCAAAUAGCAAGUGUGCAGCAGUUUGCUGGCCUUGUUGCCCAAGUCUUGGAAGCUUUUGGCACGCCAGAAGUCAAGACUGAGGAUGAGCAGCUCACCACCCUCAAAUGCUUAACUAGCGUGCACCGCAAUUUAAGUCCCUACUUAUACUCAACACGCUGCCAGUUACAAAGUGAGGGCCAGAAUUACGAGAGGCACGGCAUCGUGGGAUCCGACGGUUGGACCCUUGGAUUUAAAAAGUUCAGCCUCAGCUACCUGUCCACAAAAUGGCCAUAUUUCACUAGGGACAAGCACAUUGUUCAAGGAGAUCUGCUAAAUUCAGACUGGGACAAGUUGAAGGAAGGACUAGGGACAGCUUGGACGUCCAGCAAAAGAGGGACCUUCCGAAUUCGCGACCACCUUGAGGAAUUCGCACAAUCGCCAGAUGCACUAAAACACUUGAUUGACAACGGUCUCCGACCAUGGCGCUACAGUAUCCAUACUUACGCCUCAAACAUGCCGUUCAACACCGAAGGGAGAUGGGACAAGUUUAGCCGCUUCAUCUCGUAUAACAUGUCCGGCAUAAUCCCUGGUCGCACUGUGGACGGUGUAACUGCAGCCGUAGUGGCAAUGCGCUUGAAGGGCCAGUUAACCUUGGCGACGGAAAUUUUCCUUAACGAUCCGAUGCGAGUGUCGCAAGAAAUUCGCAACAAGGAUCUUGGUGAUAUUAUUGGCGUCGAAGCCACCCGUCAUCUCAUCACGGAGCUUUUCAAGAAGCGUCAGGAUGUGUCAGAUUUUUCAGCGGCAGCUACAAACUUGCUCAUUGCCUACAUUCGGCCUAGCAACAGAGGUGACUAUUAUCGUCUUGCGGGGGAACACGGCAAGUUGGUAGAGCUAUACACAUUCCUCUCGGAUGUCCAAGACGCUGAGAACGAUCUCGAAUUGAAUGCAAUUCGACUGGUAAUCAUUCAUGCCGCGUUGAUGUCGGUGGCCAAUGAUGUGCAAAACAAGGACGAUGACUAUGCUAAAACCGUCCAAGCGGGUGUGUCAGCGGUGGCCGGCCUGACAGCUGCCGUGGCAGCUGGUAGUCAGGUAUACUUGACGCCUGCCGGUGCAAGCGCUGUCACCGAAUUUGCCAAUGCUAUGAGGGACGUGAUAAACAAAAAAGUCGAGCAUCGUGCGAAGAGGCGUCACGCUGCUACCGGUCAAUUCAUAGAGGAGGUGCGUUCGAGCUUGAUCAGGACGGUGAAGCAGAACGUAACCAGAGGUUUCGUGCCUGGUUACUAUAGCAGACUGAGCGAAGAUGAUCUGAGGACUUAUCAGUCGCUCAUUGUGUCUACCUUGGAACGCGUUUUAGACACCACCUCUAUCCCGAACGACUCGCCUGAUGCCAACUCUGCUGCCGACAAUAAAGAUUCUGGCAUCACAGGAGGGCGGGGCUUAUUAACUCGACUGUUCGCCAAGGGUAGCGCCAGUAGCAAGCUUGUUACCCAGUAUGGUGCCAAAACCGAAGAGUCUACUUGA